GCCGCCACCCCCACGCCUGGGUGACAGCCACCACAGAGCCGGGACUGUCCCUGUGGAGCCUCAGCAAGCGGUUGGGAAGCCCAGCAACACGAUGCCACCAGGCUGGAUCCUGCCACCGCUGCUGCUGGCACUGCUGGCCGUGGGCCAUGCCAGGCCGUGCUCCCCCCAGCCCAGUGCCAGCCGUUUCGUCUGCACGGAGCCCACCCUCAGCGCCUUCCCCAGGGGGCUGCCCAGCACCACCGUGGCCAUCUCGGUGGAGUUCACGGCGCUGGCCACCCUCCUGCCCGACGCCCUGGCAGGGCUGCCCCGGCUGCAGGAGCUCCACCUCUCCUCCAACCUCCUCACCACCCUCCCCGAACCUCUCCUCCGCCCCGUGCCCACCCUUCGCAUCCUCGACUUGACCGACAACCUCCUGGCCGACCUCCCUGCUGGCAUCUUCACCGGUGCCCACCACCUCCAGCACUUGGCACUGAGGGGGAACCAGCUGCAGGUGUUGAAACCCACCUGGUUCCAGCACCUUCCGCAGCUGCAGUGGCUGGACCUGGCUGCCAACGCCUUGGCAGAGGUCCCACCGGAGGUUUUCCGCCCCCUGCGUUCCCUGCGGAACCUGGACCUGUCCCACAACCGACUGGCAACCCUGGCACCAGGUGCCCUGGCUGGGCUGCGAGCCUUGGAGCAGCUCGACCUGGAGGGCAACCAGCUGGGCACACUGCUGCCCUCCACCUUCGUGCCCGUGCCCGGCCUGCACCUCCUCUUCCUCCAGGGUAACGAGCUGCAGGCACUGCCCGCUGGCGUCUUUGUCCCCCUGCAUCACCUCCGCGUCCUCGACCUGGCACGGAACCGGCUGCAGGCACUGGAGCUGCCCCCCCGGUCCCCCGGCCCCCCUUUGGACCUCGACAUCUCGGGCAACCCCUGGGACUGCGGGUGCCAGCUGCUGGAGGUGCUGCAGAGGGCGGCCCCACGGCUUGUCACUGCCCGUGACACCCUCUGUGCCAGCCCCCCCCGGCACCGGGGACGGGAGGUGGCUGAGGUGAGCCAGGCUGGGGACAGGGGCUGUGGGACCAAGGGGGGCAGCCAGAACCCUCCAGAACCCUAGGCAAGUGGCUCGGUGUCACCCUGGGGGCUUGGGCAUGUCACCUCCCUCCCUGCCACUCUGUCCCCAGCUGAGGCUGAGCUCUCCUGGGGAAACUGAGGCAGGGAGAGAGGGGUGCAGCUGUCCCCAUCCCAGGGACCCCUGUCCCCAUCCUGUGAUGCUCAUCCCACUGGCACCCAGCCCCUUCCCACCGGGCUUAGGGUGUCCCACAGGCCUGUCCCCAUCCUGCCUGGCACAUGUCCCCGUCCCCACCCUACAAGAGGACAUUAAACAA